AUGGAGGAUCCGUUACUUCCAGCCCCAGUCGACCUUGGUAUUGAUGGAUGUCAGCUUGCGGAGGGUGAAGAGCGCUCUAUGAUCGAACCCCAGUCAAAAGAACAUCCAUUGGUCCAGGAUUUAUCACGUUCACUUAUUGAAUGGAUCAAUACAGAACUUGUAGAUGAUAGAAUUCUAGUACGUGACUUAGAAGCAGAUUUAUUCGAUGGACAAGUUUUGCAAAAGUUGAUUGAAAAGCUAUUAGAUAUUAAAAUUAAUCAUCCAGAAGUAGCUCAAACUGAAAUAGGACAGAAACAACGAUUAAAAAUUGUACUAGAUGAAAUUAAUUCUGCAUUGGAUAUUUCACCUGUUCGUGCUGCUCAACUUUGGCCUGUUUCUCAAGUUUAUGAACGUGAUCUAGUAGCUAUAUUACGUUUACUAGUUGCAUUAGUUCGUAGAUUUGCUCCAAUGAUAACACUACCACGUAAAGUUCAACUUACAGUUUUAAUUGUACGCAAAAUUAAUGGAAUUUUACAACAUCGACGUCAGAUUGAAUAUGUUACAGAUGUUGGAGAUGAACAAGAUAAUACUGAAACAGAUCAUGAUGCAAUAAGCGCUCUAGUCGAUUGUGCAGUACCAGAAAAACUUGCUUCAUUUCAACAAACUCUAAAAACAUUUGUAAAUCGUCAUUUGAAUAAGCUAAACUUGCAUGUUACAAACUUGGAAACUGAGAUGGAUGAUGGUGUCUACUUCAUUUUAUUACUUGGUUUACUUGGUAACUAUUUUGUUCCACUACAUACUUAUCAUAUUACACCGAUAACAGAUGCACAAAAAUUAGCUAAUCUUCAAGCAGUUUUUCAACUAGCUCAAGAUGUUGAAGGGAUUGAUUUAGAGUAUAAUCAUCCAGAAAAUGUAUUACGUCAUGAUUUGAAGGCAGCAUUACGCUUACUGUAUGCACUAUAUACUCGUUAUGGAGAUAUUGAAUAA